UUAUAGAAAUAGUCAGUCGUGAGAAGGUGAUGAGGUCGUCGCUACUCCUAGGGUUUCGUCGGAUGUGUGAAAUACCACAAGUGUGUUUCCAAUCUUCAAAAAGUGUCACAUUGAAGUCCCAUUCUCUUCUCUGGUUCUGUUCUAAACUGCAAGCAGAAAUUCUCCAUAGGGAAUUUUCAAGAUCAUGGAGGCUAUCGCUGCAGUCAUGCUAAGUAUAUGGGCUGCAGUAUUAGACUCUGUUGUGAGCCAGUUUAUAGUUCAAGAAGUGAAUGUUGGUAGCACAGCUGUUUUACCCUGUCCCAGCAAUGAUGACCACCACAGGUUCCAAUUUUGGCAGCUACAGGGGGACCAGAUAGUUGGGCCAGGAAAUGAAGUCAACAUAGCAAAAUACAAGUAUGAGGUGUUGUCUGGUACUUUGUACAUUAAGAGUGUGUCAACAGCUGAAGCUGGAUUUUACAAGUGCAUCUCUAAAGGACUGACAGAUCCAUCAUUCAACAUACAGGGUGUAGAGUUAGUUGUGAAGAAAGACUGGGAAGAAGUGUGGGAAACAGAUACUGAAACAAAUGUUUACCGAGUACUUGUGGUUGUUGCAGCAUUAAUGCUACUACUUGGCUUAGCGUUUUUUGCAUACAGACUCAUUAAAAGAAGAAGAUCAUCCAGAUUUAGAGAUAUGUCUGAUGAAGAAUCUCCAGAUGAAGGUACAGCACAUGGAGGAUCUUACAAUGUUUCGAACCUUCCAUCUAUGACACAGACAAACAUUUCUACUAGUCAGGGUAUGGAGAAUCCAGCUCUUGAUACUGAUUUUCCUGAAGGGUUCAAAACUCUUCAGACUACAAGCGACUCUCGGAUGUGAUAGAGCAUAGCAAAAGAAAGUAGUGAAACUGGAAACAUGAUGAGUGUCUGUGAAUGAACAAUUUUUUUGUGUAUAAAAUUUUCAGUAUUUGUUAUAUUACAGUUGCAUAUAUUUUCUAAUUGGCAACCAAAUACAACAGUGAAAAUAUUUGUAAGAAAUAAAGAACAGUUAAAACUGAUAUCACAUUUUGCAUGCCUGGCUCUAAUUGUUGCCAAACCAAAUGUAAAGAAACAUUUUGCACAGCUACUACAUAAUUAUUUUAAAGUCUGCAAAAAUUAUCUCAGCAUAGUUGUAUAUUUUUUAAAGUUACACUAAAUGGUGUUAGUGCUGCUCCACUGUUUGUUACAGGGCUCUGGCUACCCACACAAAACAUUCAAUAACAAUAGGUGUGGUUCUGGCAGACCCCUCACUUUGGCUCUAAAUUUAAGGAACAUCCCUCCCCAACAUUCAAAUGGAUCCCUGUAGCUUCAUUUCUCAAACAGAAGUUGCUUUUUCUUUGGUGAUGUCUCAGUCUAACUUCUGCAAGAAAAAUUUUGGAAAUACAUGCUUAAUUUCCUACCUCACCAAAUGUCAUAUUCAAAACUACAAUACUAAAUAAAGAAAUUUAAUAUUA